CGUGAAUGCAUCAGUAUCCACAUUGGCCAAGGUGGUUGUCAGAUUGGAAACGCUUGUUGGGAGCUCUACUGCCUAGAGCAUGGAAUCCAGCCUGAUGGUCAAAUGCCUAGUGACAAGACGAUUGGAGGUGGAGACGACUCGUACUCAACAUUCUUUAGUGAAACUGGAGCUGGAAAACACGUUCCUCGAGCAAUUUUUGUCGACUUAGAACCCACCGUUAUUGAUGAAGUGCGAACCGGGACUUACCGCCAGUUAUUUCAUCCCGAUCAACUUAUUACCGGGAAAGAGGACGCAGCUAACAACUAUGCUCGUGGACACUACACAGUAGGGAAGGAAAUGGUGGACCUAGUUCUCGACAGAACUCGCAAAGUUGCAGACCAAUGCACUGGUCUCCAAGGUUUCCUCAUAUUCCAUUCGUAUGGAGGUGGUUCGGGAUCUGGAUUCACAUCCUUACUUAUGGAACGGCUCAGUGUGGACUAUGGCAAAAAAUCGAAGCUGGAAUAUUCCAUCUACCCUGCACCUCAAAUCUCCACGGCUGUGGUUGAACCCUAUAACGCCAUUCUAUGCACCCAUUCAACCAUUGAACAUUCGGACUGCUGCUUUGCAUUUGACAACGAAGCUUGCUAUGACAUAUGUCGACGUAACCUCGACAUCGAACGUCCAACUUACACCAAUUUGAAUCGUAUUAUUGCUCAGGUGUGCAGCUCGCUGACAUCAUCUCUGCGUUUUGAUGGAGCUCUGAAUGUGGAUGUCACAGAAUUCCAAACAAAUCUUGUGCCUUAUCCACGAAUACACUUUCCUCUAGUUACUUAUGCACCUACUGUAUCAGCUGAAAAGGCCUAUCAUGAACAACUCACUGUUCCUGAGCUCACCAACGCCUGUUUUGAGCCAGCCAACCAGAUGGUUAAAUGUGAUCCACGUCACGGAAAGUAUAUGGCUUGUUGUAUGCUCUAUCGGGGAGAUGUGGCCCCCAAGGAAGUCAACGCUUCCAUCUCCACCGUCAAGACUAAGAGGACCAUCCAGUUCGUUGACUGGUGUCCAACCGGCUUCAAAGUUGGUAUUAAUUAUCAGCCACCUACUGUGGUUCCAGGCGGUGAUCUUGCAAAGGUUCAACGAGCCCUCUGCAUGAUCUCUAACACAACAGCGAUUGCAGAGGCUUGGGCUCGUUUGGACCACAAAUUUGACCUGAUGUAUGCCAAGCGCUGCUUUGUCCACUGGUAUGUUGGUGAAGGCAUGGAGGAAGGUGAGUUUUCUGAAGCCCGUGAAGAUCUGGCAGCUUUGGAGAAAGACUACGAGGAGGUUGGUCAAGACAGCGUAGAGGGUGAAGGUGAAGAGGAAGAGGAAUACUGA